ACACACAUAGUAAGGAGACCGGUUGAAUUAUGAAAUAUUCAGUUGGAGUGUUGUAUUUUUGACUAGUUUUAGUGAUUUAAUGAAAUAUGAGCAGUUUAUAUAAUUUUUUUUAUAAUAAUUCUACUUACACACACACACACACACAUACUACUACAUACACCGUAGAUACACAUAGAAACUGACCUAUUGAUCUAGAAGACAGGAAUCGCACACUAGUGAAUUAAUUGACUUAGUUUAUUGUUAAGUUAGUCAACCUUCACGUUUAUUUGUUCUGUUUUUAUGAUUGUGUGUCAUUUGUUUGCAUAAUCACCUGUUUGAAUAUAUCCAUUUAUAUAUAUGUAUGACCUUCGCAGUUUUUCUCUAUGUCAGUUUCAUACCAAAAAAGAGAUUACAUUGCUUUGCCUUAUGAUUGACUGUCUGUUGUUGGUUAAGUAAGCGUGAGCUUGUGUUUUAGUGUUUGUGUGCAUAUUUGUGUUGACAUUAAUGUAGUCUAGGGUGUUAGAUGUAUCAGGUUUCAUUAAAACAGCGGUUGGUAUCUAAUCGUCAUAUACCGAAUCCACAUUUAAUCAGAGUGUUUACGAAUAAAUGAAGCAAAUUAAAUUGUAUUGAAGUGUUUAUCAAAUUUCCAAAGUGCCAAAUGUUCAUUAAUUCAUUAUGUUUAUUAUAUAAAAUAAUAAUAAUUUCAAUAACAGUAAUAAUUCCUAAAUGUUUUUGUCUUAUGGGAAGUCCUCCAACAAAUUUACCGGAAUGUUUGAAUUCUGGAACAAGAACCACUAUUAAUGAACGUUACAGUUGUUCAUGUAUAGAUUCUUAUAUGAAUCGACAAUGUAAACUAUUGUCGAUUAAUGUUGCCAAUACUCCAAUAGAAAUGCCUUUUACUAGUUUUUAUAUUAAUACAACAAUUCAACAAACUGUACAUAUUGGUUUUCAAUUUAUCACUUCAGACAACAGUGGAAAUGGUACAUUGUUUACACUUAGAAAUAUGAAUUCUACAUUUUUUCUAAAUGAACAAUUAAUUCAAAUCAAAUUUACCCUUGAAUUUGGACGAAUUAGUGUAAAUUUCAUUUAUCUAUCAAAUUCAAAAACUCUUCGUUUACCUUCAGGUGCUGUUGCACUAAAUGACAAUGCUUGGCAUUAUGUAGAUUUUUUUCUGAAUACACAGGUUAAUGGCGAAUGGAAUCUAGUCUUAUUGAUAGAUCGUUGUAAAUAUUCUGAGUUAGGACCGUGUAUGGUGAACGAUACAAUCAUUUUAUCAGUGAAUACAAUACAAAUAGGAGGUUAUAUUCUAAUAGGUGAUGAAUCUGGUCCAUCUACAGAGAGAUUUAGAGGAUGUUUUGAUAAUGUUAUGGUGAAUAGAGAGUUGAUCGAUUUCUACCCGGUACUUUUAUCGCAAGGUUCUCGGCGUGGUUGUCCAGACUCUCAGAAAGGUUGUGUAAGAGGUAAUGUAAAACUAUGUGGAAAGUAUGGGAAAUGUCGAAAUGCAAUAAGUUCCACCGAUAUAUUGACUUGUCAAUGUGAAUUAGGUUAUCGACCUAAUAUAACAGGUGCACCGAAACCACAUAGAUGGCCAUGUGAAACUGUUUCUGAUGGCUGGUCUACAACCAAUGUAGUUUACAAUGCAUUAUUCACUGAUAAAGUUCCGAAUCGUUUACGAUUGAGCAUAAGAACAAGAACUCAAACGUUUAUGGUUUUUGCAGUUGGUGCGUGGAAACUUUCUAUAAGUGUUUCAAAUGGAAUACCUGAACUACGUUUUGAUAAUAUUGUAAUUACGUUAAGUUCACUAAACAUUUCGGAUGGAAAUUGGCAUGUCUUUGAAGUUACAUUUACAUCAAGAUUUUUAGAUUUUCAGGUCGAUGAACUAGAUAAAAUAUAUUAUGAUUCAAGAUAUUUUCCAGAGAAAUCAAUUUCAAGAGGUUCAGUUGAUAUAAUUAUUGCAAACGGAGCUAAAGACACAUGUCUGGAUGAUGCUUGGAUCGAUUUCCGUAAUAUAUGGCCCGAUUUUGAACAAGAUUAUCCAUUGGAAAUCAUUAGUAAUCCAUCAUUUCAACGGUAUACAGACUGGGGUACAGCUGGUAGACAGUCAGGUUGUUCAAGUGGUCCUGGGUUUUGUAAUAGUUCAAAAAGUCUUUGUGAUAUUACCGCUUCUUGUAUAGAGGAAUGGAGAAGUUAUCGAUGCGAAUGCUUGAAUAACACAGUUAAAGAUGACAAGGGUAAAUGUGUUCCAUCACAAUGUUAUCCAAACCCAUGUGUUAAUGGUGAAUGUCGUGUACUUAAUGGUGCUAGUAAUUUUACAUGUAUGUGUUAUGGAAUCUGGACUGGACCAUUAUGUAACGAAGUUUCAAGCGUAAAUAUAGCUGGUCUAAGUUGGUGGUGGAUUCUACUUGUUGUUCUACUACUGCUAGCUAUAUUGUUGGCAACAAUUUUUUUAAUUAUCUGUUGUCGCAAACGUCGUGAGAAGAAGAAAUCUAAUUUAAUUGAUUUUAACAAUGAAUUAAGUGAUCAAAAGUUGGGUAUAGAUACUCAGAUGAAUGAUCCAUGGAGUACAGGUGAGAAAGAUUUCCGUGGACCGAUUGAUUAUUCAGUGUUAAAAGGAAAUAUUAAUUCUAACCCGUAUCAACUUACAACUAAUGGGUCCUAUCAGAGUAAUGGUUACUUACCAACAAGUAGAAAAUCAGAUACAAAUGGAAGUAUAGAUAUACAAACAUUUCCUAGUGUUACAGCUCGAGCCUAUGGACAAAAAACUACAGAUAUACCACCAUGGGAGUCGUUUGAUCGUCAACCAAAUCCUGCAAUAAGAUUAGAUCAAGUACUAGAAUAUGGAUAUGAAGGAUAUGAUGGUAGACCUCCACCAGAAUUCUGUCCAACUGAACCUGUUUUAUCAACAUCUUAUGAUGAUUAUGUUGGUGAUGAUGGAGAUCUUAAUAUAGAAAAUGUUCAACAAUCAAUAAAACAACCGAUAGCCAAUGGAAAACUGAAUACUUUAAACAAAUAAAACAGUUUAACAUGUACAUUAUACUUUUAUACUCGAACAAUAACUAAUAAUCCAUUAAUUUCACUUCAUAUAUUCGAAUGAUAAAUUAUAACUAACUAACUAACUAACCAACAAACCAACAAAGAUUGUUUAAAAGAAUCCUCAAACUUAUUGAAUCAUAACAAUAACUCUAAUGAUAAUUCAUUAAUAAAAUUAUUGAUACUUGUAUAAUGUGUUACAUCGUUAUGAUUGAAAUGGAACUUCUUUGUUUUUGUACAAUUUAAUUUGAAUGUAAAAAAAUUCCCGCCUAAAAUUUUCAUUUGUGAAUAAUUCUUUUCUAUGUAUUUGUUUUUAUUCAUUUUUGUAUUGUCUUCAUUUGCAAUUCAUAAUUUUUUAAUGUUUUUUGAAAUUGUUUUAAUGAAGUAUAGAAAGAUUCAUUAGGAUGAAUUUAUUUAAAUCUUUUAUAGUGUAAUGUUUUUUAACGAUAUUUCAAUCUAUUGUAUACAUUACAGCUAUUCGUUCAUUAUUAGGAAUAAAGUAAACUAUUUAUACAG